AUGGCUCAUGCACAGGAUGAUCCCCAACUAGGCGCUGGCCCGUCCGAGGAUUCUGAACUCUCUGAGAAUGAGUCCGAAACGGCGAGCUUGGUGUCGGAGGACUCUAUCAUGCCAGACUAUGAGAUGGAGCGGGGUAGAGGAGGCACCACCUCUACGCUGUACGAGGCCUGUAACAGGAACGAGGCGCUGAUGCUACGGAGGGUCCUGGAGAGGGGGGUUACUAAGGAAGAGGUUAUGGAGCUGGACAUCAAUGGCAUGAAUGGUCUGAUGCUUGCUGUCUCCAGAGGCUAUGUGGACAUGGUCUACGGUCUACACACGUGUCCACUGAUCGACAUUAACCAUCAGGACAAUGAUGGCAACACAGCACUGAUGAUCGCUGCCCAGGCCGGCUACAUCUCCAUUCUAAACUUCAUCCUGAACUACUACCCUAAGAUAGACCUGGAGGUGAGGGACAUCCGGGGCUUCACUGCCCUCAUCAAGGCAGCCAUGCAAGGCAGGGUAGACUGUGUGUCUUCCCUCCUCAUGGCCGGUGCAGAUAUCAAUGUAGUGGAUGAGGUCCGAGGGAAAAGCAUCACGGACUGGGCCCUGAAGACGGGUCGCUUCGAGGUCCUGCAGCGUCUCCGUGUUCUCCAGGCGCACCCCAUCGCCGAGCAGUUCUGCGACAGCUACGUGAUUGAGUGGCCCGAGCUGAAGGAGCUGGUUGCCAAAGCCAUGAUCCCCAAAACACUGACUCAACGUCUGAAGGACAGCCUGACCAUUAGCUUACCCAAGGACCCUCAGGACAACGGAGUGAUGGACCACCUGGUGAAGAUAACCACAUCCAUCCACAGCCCUCUAGUCUCCACUGGCUGCCGGCCCCUCUGCCCCACAAGCCCCCCAGAGCUCGGGAAGCGGCGCCUGGCCGUGCCGGAGCUGAUGGAGAAGCACAGCAGCAAGGACCUGGAGGAAAGCUCUGUGUGUCAUAGUAACGGUGUGAAAUGUUCAUUCAUGCCUGCACAAGCGUCGUCGAGCUCCUUCUCACUCGCCAACUGCUGCUCGAACGCGGAGCGGAGGGAUAGUGUUCUCUCAAUGGCUGCCAGCGGCAUCUGGAACUUCAUCCCUUGUUCCAUGGCCCACCGGAACUCUGUAUUCCCAUCUGGUUGCAUCCCCAAGAUCACCUUCACCAAGUCUCAGGACAAAACACCCAAGAAGGCGAAGAAGGCGAAGAGGCACAAGGGCCACCUGGAGCCUCCGGUCUGGAAGUACAAGUCGGAGAAGCAGGAGAAGAAAAAGGAAAAGGAAAAGCUGGAGGAAGAGAAGCAAGCGCAAGAGAAGGCACUUAAGAAAGCUAAGAAGAAGGCAGCCAAGGCGGCGGCCAAGUGA